AAGUUGAAAAUAAGUUGAAAUAGGCGUCAGCGUCGGUUCCAAAACAACAACAACUCAGAUAAGACUAGCUUUGGCGUAGCAGCGCCACCACACUCAGGCAAGUCCACCGUUUUUCUCACACUCCCCUUUUCACCAAUUUCAUCUUCCAUUUUUACUCAUCACUCUCAAUUUCACUUCUCACCAAUUUCAUCUCCAUUCACCACAACCAAACACAACUCUCUUUCUUUUGUUUUGUCUUUGCUCUCAAUUUUCUUCAUUUUAUUCAGGAGUAAAAGAGUGGUAUGUUUUAACUUGAAUUUCUUUUUUUGAGUGGUUUUUCACUCUGCAACGUUAUUGUCUCAGUAAAUCUGGUGAAAAUCUUGGAUCUUGGAAGUUUUUUUUGGCUUUAAUCUCAAACCCUAAUUUUGUUCUGUUGAGAAUUAGGGUUUUGUAUUUUUGUUGUUUUGAUAUGGAAACUGAUGAAGAAGGAAUGGAAAAUUCUGAUAACACUGAAUGUGUUGAAGGUGUUCGGUGUUUGAAACGGAAAGCCAUUGAUGAUGGGUUGCCAAUUUCCAAUGGAAAUGGUGUUGUUGAAGAGAGUAGGCAUUCGGAAAGUGAAGCUUUGAAUGACUUGGCGAUGUUUGCCAAUGGAAGUAGUGUUGCUGAUGUGGCCGAGGUUUUGAAAAGUUUGAAAAAUGGGCUGAAUGGAAAUUGUGUUGCUGAAGAGGCUCGAGAAUCGGUAAGUGAAGCUGUGAAUGAUGGGGCAGUGUUUUCCAAUGGAAAUAGUGUUGCUGAUGUAGCUGAGGUUUUGAAAAGUUUGAGUAAUGGGGUGAAUGGAAAUUGUGUUGCUGAAGAGGCUCGAGAAUCGAUAAGUGAAGCUGUGAAUGAUAGAACGGUGGUUGCAAAUGGAAAUUGUGUUGCUGAAGAGGCUCGAGAAUCAACAAGUGAAGCUGUAAAUGAUGGGGGGGUGGUUGUGAAUGGAAGUCGUGUUGCUAAAGAGGCUCGAGAAUUGAUAAGUGAAGCUGUGAAUGAUGGGGCGGUAUUUUCGAAUGGAAAUGGUGUUAAUGAAGAGGUUGGAGUCUUGAAAAGUGAAGAUGUGAAUGAUGGGGUGGUGUUUUCGAAUGGAAAUGGGGUUGCUGAAGUGCCUGUGGUUUUAAAAAGUGAUGUUUUGAAUAAUGGGGUGAAUGGAAAUGGUGUUACUGAAGAGGCUGGAGUCUUGAAAAGUGAAGCUGUUAGCAAUGGGGUGGCAAGUUCAGGUGGGUUUGAUUCUGGUGAUGGGGGCUCUGGUGGAGUGACGUGUCUUCGAACUUAUAAGAGGCGAAAGUAUGAUAAGUCGAGUUCAAAAGGCAAAGCGCAGGAGGAUUGUGGAAAAUGCGUGGAAAAUGCGAGUCAUAUAGCAGACCAGGUUGUGAAGGAACCCUUAGAUGCAACUUUAGGCAAUACUGCAGAUGAUUGCGCCCAUAGACAUUGGGGAAACGUGGUACUAAAACAGUUAUACCAGUCAUUAGGCAAUAGCAAUGGUGGCAUAAAGGGGUGCAUAGGGGAAGCACUAAUUCGACAUCAAAGUUGUGCCACUACAGUUAUGCAGGGAACUUCUAAAAUUGGCAAAGAUGGACAAGAAUUCUCUUCACAAUUUGAUCGUUUAUCUCAUAGAACACGAGCUGAAGAUAAUGGGCAUGCAAAUGUCAUGCAAAAUGGAUCUUCUAGUGAACCACAUGGCCAUGGUGUGACUGAGAUGUGUCAGCGUGUGCUCUGCAAUUUAUUAACCUCAGAUAAAUUCAAUUCAUUAUGCAAGAUUUUAUUUGAUAAUUUCCAAGCAACGAAGCCGGAAAGUGUAUUUGAUUUUAGUGUCAUAACCUUAAGGAUGAAGCAGAAAGUCUAUGAACAAUCACCUGAACUUUUCUUGUCAGAUAUUCAACAGGUCUUUGGAAAGCUUCAAGAUACAUUUAAGGAAAUUGUUGCUCUUUCUAAUAGCCUUUCCAAUAUAUCAACAGAUUCCUACUCUAAGCUGGUUGGAAUUUCUGCGCAGAGCACAUCUGAAGAUGAAAAACAAGCGGAAUUGGACUCUCACAUGAAACCGGAGCAAACGGAAGAAUGCGCUGGUUGCAGUAGUUGUGGAGAAAGGGCAGAUGGUACAGACUGUUUGGUCUGUGAUUCAUGUGAGAAGGUGUACCAUUUGUCCUGUAUUGAGCUUGCAGUUAAUGAAAUACCUCACAAAAGCUGGUAUUGUGCUAAUUGCACCACAAGUGGCUUUGGCUCUCCGCAUGAAAAUUGUGUAGUAUGUGCGAGGUUGAAUGAUACAAAGAUGCCGAAGAAAAUAAUUGGUGAUGAAAGCCUCCCUACAAAUGAGGAAACACUUGAUGAAUUUGAUGAUGAUUCAAAUGACUGCUAUGAUGGGAUUCAAAUUUGGACAGGUGGAAAAGAAACACUCAGUUGCAAAGUGUGUGGAAAUAAAGCCAUCAAAGGUGAAAAAAUAAGAAUAUGUGGUCACCCUUUUUGUCCAAGUAAAUACUACCAUGCAAGGUGUUUGACAAGCAAGCAAUUAAAUUCAUAUGGCUAUUGGUGGUACUGCCCUUCUUGUAUAUGCCAAGUUUGCCUCACCGAUCAAGAUGAUUCACGGAUUGUCCUCUGUGAUGGCUGUGAUCAUGCAUAUCACAUCUAUUGCAUGAAACCUCCACUGGAUUCUAUUCCACAAGGGAAAUGGUUCUGCAGAAAAUGUGAUGCUGGAAUCAAGGCAAUAUCCCAAGCAAAAAAAGCGUAUGAGAGUAACCAGCUGAGAACUGGUGAAACUGUUUCAAAGCCAAAUGCUAAUAACAACUGCAACAAUAAAUUUGUAGAAGAAUUGGAAAGUUGUGGUGGAAUGGACAUGCUUUUAACUGCAGCCAAUUCUCUGAAUUUUGAAGAGAAUUUGACCGAAAACCAGUUUGAGUAGAAGAGGACAUGGGUUUUCUUGAAGGAUUUGUGAGCAUUCCGGUUAUUGCUAGUAAUGACUUUAACUUCGUUAACUGUUGAUACCCAACUAUUUUACAUUCUGUGCACUUUUUGGAUGACUGACAUUUUGGUAGGUUGUAUAACUUUGAUAGAUUUCCUGACUUUUGGAUACAUCACAUAGAAAGACCGGACUAUAGAGGGUAAAAAGCAAAAGGCAUAAUCAGAAAUUGUUGUAAGUGCUAUCUGCAAGAGCAAGUAGGUCAGAUACCGUAGUAUAAUGUGGUUGAUCUGAAAUUUAAUUUGCUGCUUUGCUUGUUUCAUGCAGUGUGUAGUAUUUUGGUUUGGGAUGUUAUAGGCUAACAUUUCUCUAAACUUGUACAAUUAAUUUCAUCUAUGCUGAAAAAACAAAAUAUUGAGGAGUUUAAAAAUCAAUCAUUCAUUACCAUUUACCAUUUCCAUAUACAGACUGUUCUGCACCGCCCUCCU